GGAAGGAACGUUGGGCCUGGACGGACGCAUGGGGAGCUGCCACCGCACGUGAGCCCGCGAUGCCAAGCUUAAAGUGGCACGAGCUCAGGUGUACAAUGAUCAUGCGCUUGACGACGGUACUAUGUGCCUUCGCGGACGGCCAUGCGAGGUGUCUACGUUGCAGAAACAACUUGCAAUGACGAAGAAUUCGCUUACAGCAUGUGCAAUGGCCACCUUCACAUCGACCGCAACAUGUCCGUCACCAUCGUUCAUUCGCGUUGGAUUUGCGUCAAGUCUCGUGGCAUGCGCAUGGCCGCUGUCGCCGACCUCCGCAGACAAGUACCAGCGUGUUGGGGUUGAAGAAUUCUGCAUGCGCAUGAUAUCGUCCGGAUAACUGAGUCGCCUGAUGGGGAAGUCAGAUCUUCGCCAAUAUGUGGACACAGUGGGUGUUCGCUGCUGUGUGCGUGGGGCUUGGUCUUGUGCUGCAGACGGCGCUCCAUGACCAGCACCCCCACCCUGGGCAAACGAUGUGUGAUGCACGAAAGCUCGGGCUUGUCGUGAUUGGCGACGAUGGGAGUCUCGGCCGGAUGGUUUUGCACGCGUUGGAUACAAUCAGCGUCGCACAGGCUGACUUUUGUGGUGCUUCGGUGCACAUUGCUGCCGUCGGUGGGAGUCGUGGCUACCUCAAGCAUUCUCAUGGACUUUCAUGGGAUCACCUUCGGUCGCUACUCAAUCACACGACGGUCUUCCACGGUGCCAAUCCGCCAAACGAGAGCCCCAGUCCCGUGGAUGUUGACAGCUCCACCAACGAACAGGUUGACGAACCAGAUACGGACGAUGACGGGGUGCAGCAACGAGACACACUUCGCGACGUAUUAGGAGACUUGGCGGCGUUCGGCCAUUACGACAAGUUCAUUGUCGUGGAUUGCACGACGACAGCAGCACCAGGACAUGUGGACGAUCUGAUCUGGGCAAAGUCGCUUGGCAUGGGACUCGUCAUUGCCAACAUCCAGGCGGUAGCUGGGCCAUGGGCGUCGUAUCAAUCGCUCGUCUUGAAUACAGCCAAAGCAAAACAGAGUUCUCUCGUCGCUGUCGACGCCACGGUCGGGAGAGGCCUGCCAGUGCUGUCGACGCUCGCACGAUUGCAAGCCAGCGGCGACCACAUCACGCUUGUCCGUGGUACAUUUAGCGAUGCCGUGGGUCACGUCCUGGCCGAAAUGGAAGCCGGUAGCACGUUUGGAGAUGCCGUGACGACCGUGUACGAGAAUGGUCUGACCGAGGACGACCCUCGUGACGAUCUCACGGUGCGUUCGACGUGUAAUGUGAUUCUCAUGGCCAUGGCAGGGCGCAGUCUUGGCGCGAAAGGCUGUCGUGAUUGCGCGGAUGCUGGGCAAGCGUACGGACGUCAAGGACGUCGUGGUCGAUGGGCUGCUUCCUCGCAAGUUCACGAACGGCACAGUUGCUUCAUUCUUCCACGCCGUUGGCAGCCUCAAUGAUGCGUUCAAGUCCAAAUGGGCGGACGCAACCAAGCGAGGACACAAGCUCGCGUUCGUUGCAACAAUCAGUGAUGAUUGGGCAGUACGCAUUAGCCUCCAGAGCGUCGAUCAUGCGCAUAUCCUUCACGCUGCGCACUAUGGCGACAGCGUCGUGGAAAUCCGCACGACGAACUUUCCCCAUGGCAUUCUGGUCCAAGUGGCCAAACCGGAUGCGGCUGGCACCGUCGCGACAAUUCUGGCCGACAUAGCGUCGUUGAGUUGUAUUUUGUUUCAGCGAUGUGACUUGUCUUAAGCAGCAUCUUCGUGCAUCAGCCGUGUCUUAAGCAGCAUCUUCGUGCAUCAGCCG